CUCAGCGAGUACCCUACACUUUGAAUACUGUAUUCUGUACCUUGGAUUUAUAGUCGUGUUGUAUACCUUGUUACAAUAAAAGUAUUGAUCAUGGAGGUGAUGGAAGAAGGUCAUGUUAUGGACAGGAUACGCAUCCUGCUCCAAAGGGAUUCUGAAUACUAUGAGCAGAAUCAGUCUAUUUUGCAAGAGAAUUUAUGCAGCGGUAUUGUCGGAGGAGUUCUGGACUUCCCACAUCAUGCGUCGUUCGCAUCAAUCAAAAUGGUUCGUUGGUGGGAAGAAGAGCAUUAUGCCACCUUCAGGAUUCCGUCAGGAAUUUUACAAGGAACAAAGGAUGAUAUAUCUGUUGAGAGUGAAGAGGGCACAGCGGACGUACCCCAAGCUGCUCCCUCCGCUCUAGUUAGCUUGGUUGCUGAGUCAUCGGCACAGCUUCUUGAACACUUGCACACACUCACUCAGGAAGCUCUUGAUCAUGCCGAUCUACAGGUACUCACUGGAACUCUUGGCGCGGCAGCGCUCAUGAAAAAUACAUGCUGGGUCUACAAUCAACAACUUGCAACAGCUAAUUUGGAUUUGUCACUGACUAAUAGUUAUAAACAGUUUGGCGAGAUGGCAGAGUCGUUAGCAGAGAGACUGCUGGAUUUGCACUGCAGACUGGUGUCGUUGUAUGUUUUACAAGAUGCUGAUUGCCUCAACUGGGAACAUCAUCAACCAUUCUUUGAAGGGGAAAGAGGAUCUUUUGUCAUUCAGAUGUGGUGGUUGUACAUGCAAGGAACAAGAGAGGAUCUUUGGACCACAGUGCCACCCAAAAUGGCACAACGUGUAUUUGCAGGAAUGCUCAAUGAAUCUCUCACAAUUCUUGUGGUGCGAUAUAUGCAGGCGAAAACAAGUGCGGCCCGCGCUUCACUGCUGGUGACUGAUGUGGCGAACCUGCUGUUCUGCGUUCGACAACUGCUGCCGCCGAUUUGCUCCUCGGGCGACGAACUGGCCGGCUGUCAGUCGCAGUCACAUGUCGUUCGCGACGUGCACGCCAAGUGCCAUUUCCUGCUCACCUGUCUCCUACUAAGGGGCGCUCCUCUUGCCAUUCUCUACAAGGUUUUCCACAAAGGACUGGACUCUGGGUUGGGAUGCUUGACCAAACUGGCACAGCCUUCCAUAUCUCCAUGGAUAGUUCUGAGCUCAGUGGAGAAAUUGGCACUAGCAAUCCCAAGCUGCCGGUCGCUGCCGGCCACCGAUGCCAUAUCGCUCGAGCUCAAUGUGCUCCUCGCUCAACCUCAACCUCUGUGGCCACUUAUUCUCAAGGUUUUGAUGAUGAGGAAUUGCUGGGUGGCUUCUAAAAUUAUGCUGCAUCUUGUCGAUGAGCCAUGCGUAUUUGGAGAAAACUCUCAAGUUGAUAAUAAGUGCUCAGGUUUCAUGUGUAGCGGAGACUGCAUGUUGCCUAGAAUCACUGUCCAGCAGGCGUUACUCUACAUUGUAAUGAGUAUCGGAACAACAAAUGAUAUGUCAAAUACUCUUAUGCCAAUGCUUGAGAAAACACGACAGUCUUGGGGUUCAUCUCUCGAUAAGAAUCAGGUUUGGAAUCAGAAAAGACCAGACUGGCUGGAAGCUCUGAUAGUCCCAUUGGCUCAGCCUCUAGAGCCAGUAGUGGCUGCCCUCAACAGAGCAUUUGCGGACGGAGCGAGCACGGAGCAAGGCGUGGAGUUGAGCAUGCUGCUACUGGGUCGCAUGACCAAUUGCCUGCCACCUGGCAUCCACGCAUGCGCACUCAUGGUCGAGGACACACUGUCGGCGGACAUCAGUCCGAUGGGUGACCACGUGCUGGUGCAGCUUCUCGUCGCCGCCCUCUACAAGCAGAUGCCCGACUCGCCGCUGGCCGAGGCUCUCUGCAGCCUCCAGCCCAAACAGCUCAUGCCGCUUGUCAAGUGUGUCAAGGAAUUGGAACCAGUUGAAGCGCCAAUUUAUGAUGUGGAGUCAUCACCUCAUGUAUGUGAAGUUCAAGUCAGUCAACUGCUUCUCACACCAACCGGACGUCAUUCUUUGAAAGCUGUACACGAGUACUUGAAAACUAAAUGCGAAUGGCUACUGAGAUUGGUGGGUCAAACUCCUCCUCCAACCAAUUCCAACAAUCUACUCUACACGAUGUUUCAUGUUGGAGGGAAACCAUUUGAUCAGAUUCUAUCUGGAUCGUGGAGCCCAGAUUGGAUGUCACUGUUCCAAUCGCCAUUGGGCCUGACAGCGAAGACCAUCUGGGACCAACUGAAACUGAGAUCUGAGUUUUGGGAGGAUUGUCCACUGAACGAUCAUGAUGCCACGGUGGUGGCUAAACUCAAAACAUUCUUCACAUCGCAAAUGAGUGAAUAGACUCUUUCCACAAAAAUGUUGGUUUUAUCAAUGUAUUAUAUUGAUUUACAAUCGAAGGCGUGGUUUUCUUUCCAAAUGCAGUAGAUAAUGCGUUUUGCAUGAGGUUCACGAACUGCAUGACAUUUUUUCUUCUUAUUUUCUCUAUGUCUAUCUUGUUUUUAGAGUAAUCCACAUUUUUACUGUACUCAUCUAUCAUAAUAGUUUUAGUUUUACGUUAAUUUACAGUGCAUUCAUAUACAGUGCUAUUUUGAACCACAAGUUUCACUUGUCUCAGCGACAAAAAAAAGCGACUUCAAUUUUGAAGAGCUCCUUAAUAUGUUAUAUUAAUAAUGAAUUCAUGUUCACACAUUGAACAGCAAAAUGGGUUAUUAAAUUGGUUAAAUUUUGAGGUGAAUUGGUCAUAAAUAAAUUGAAAUUGAUAGAUAUAAUAUUACAGCUUGUUGAGCAAAAUUAUGAGUUAUUCCUGUAGGCUACUGAGAUGCUUUGUCUAAACAAUCAAAGAAUGCAAGUUAGACUAAAAGUUCUGAAUUA